CUAUUUUCAUCUUCAUGUCUUCACACUUUUCUCUAAACAUACCAAACUUACAUGCAUUCAAACCCCACAAUCAACAACGAUCAUGAUCAUGAUCACAACAACAAAUCCAACGGUCUGAGUUCAAUCUCCCCACAAGACUCCCCAGAUUUCGAUCCUAGCGAGAUUGUUUUAGCCGACGAACCGGCCGCUGAGGCGGCCGGUUCGGAAAACAACCCGCCGGACUCGUUCUGGGUGAGCCACAAAAACGUAACCGAUUGGUUAAACCACAAUACGUUCAUCGAACGCAAAGCGUCGGUCAAAAUGGUGACCGGUUCAAGAAAAUUUGAACCGGGUCAAACCCGGUCUAACCAACGCUCCGUUUCGUUUAAUAAUAAACCGCAGGCUACGAUAAUCGGGUUUAGACAAAAGCCGGUUCAUGGGUCUGAUGGGAAGUCUAAACAGACCGACCGGUCGGAUCACCUUCGGUUGUUUAAAAACCGGUCGGUUCCCGGGAAGAGUUCGGGUGGGCCGGUUCCGGAGCCCCGGUCGCCGAGAGUUUCGUGUAUGGGUCGGGUCGGGUCAAUGAGAAGCCGGGCUAGACGGACCGGGUUUUGGAAGAAAGUUAAGACGGCUAUUUUGAACCGGGUUCGGACGAAUAAGGUUCGUUGAACCGGUUUGGUGGCGACGGCGAUGGUAAUUUAUUAGAACACGUUUUUAUUUUUUUAUAUUUUUUAUAUUUAUAAAGGAUUAAAUAUUGUUUGUGUAUUUUGUUUGGUAGUGUACAUGUAUAUAUUCCAUUUGUAUUUUUAAAAUUUUGUUUUGGUUGGUUAAGUUGUAAGAAGUUGAAGAGAAAUUUUGUAUUUUAAUUGAAUAAUAAUUUAAUAAUUAUUUUUCAAUGUUCAUGUCA